AUGAGAAUCCCGGUGAACGCGGUGGUGUUUGACCUCGAAGGCACCCUCAUAGACACCAACGACCUCCACCGGCAGGCGUGGUGCGAGGAGAUCUCGAAAGCGCCGGCGGCGACGGCGGUGACGUGGCGCCACAUCGACCACCUGCUACGCCAGGGGAUGCUGGUGGCGCUGGUCUUCCGCUACCACUUCCCCCACCUCCCGCACGACCGCGACCUGGUGCUGGCGUGGGUCCAGCUGAUGGCGGUCAAGUACCACGACCACACGCGGCCCAUCGCCGGCGUCACCAGGUUGUUGGACGCGUUGAACCACCACCACAUCCCCUGGGCGGUGGUGUGUGACGCCCCGCAGUAUAUCGCCCAGAUGUGGCUCAGCAAAGUCUACGGGCGCCCCUUGCACGCGCCGGUGUUGAUUCUGGAGGAACGCCUCCGCCAGUUGCCGCCGCUGCCCGAGGCCCACUUGUUGGCCAUCGACGCGUUGGCCGUCGACGGACCCGUGGUGGCGUUCGAGCUGGACAUGCUUGGCACCUGGGCCGGGGUGCUGGCGGGGUGUGAGGUGAUCGCGGUGAAGCUGGACCGGUGGGUCGUCGACCUCCGCCAGGCGGGGGCGACGUGCCUGGUGCCCGACUACGACGGCGUCGACGUCGUCCCGCUGGCCUCGGGCUACGACAUCGAGAUCGUCAAGGCGGUGAUGUGA